AUGAAAAACAUCUACCACGGGACAACACUGCUGAAGCUGCUGCAUCACCCCCACAGCGUCUCCUUCCGUCCGCACGCCGUCCAAAAAACCCGCAGUUGGAGUAACAUUGCUCAGGCUUUCACCGAGAAGAAGCGCAUCAGGCCUGCGUCCGCUCCAGCCAUCAAACACAAAGAACAUCAGACCCAACCGAGCGUAGAUUCUGGCAGCAGCCGGGGUCGGGCGGAGACAGCGCGGGCGCGGCUGACGGAUGGGACGACGCGAAGGGAUGGGCCGAUGUCGUUCCAGCGCGCGGAGGAGAUACAAGAGGUGGUCGAUGUUUUACAGCACACCAUGAUGGCGCGCUUGCGGGGAAGACCAAAGAAGGGGGAGCGCAAGAAGGCCGCCGAGGCCGCCAAGAGGGCUGGCUCGGCCCCAGGCACGUCAGUCGUGGAUCGACGCUCGCACGGGCACGCCCCUCGGGUAGCGUCUCCUCGCGGCUCGGCGCCGGCGACGUCUUCGCGUGGUGCCGGCGCCGACAGGCGCAGAGCGGCCUCGGGGGCGAGCGGGGAGCAACGACGGAGACGACCACGGCCGAGCACGGCAUGGAAUCAUCGGGAACUUCCCGCGCGGUGUCCGCCGGCGAUUCCCACGGGAAUGGAGCAUGGGUUGAAGGCACGCCCGAAAACAGCUGCGGUCAUAGCCUCUUCCUUCUCCAAGAGUAAGAGGUCACUAGCUGAAGACUUGGGGCCACUAAGAUGGUCUCCCGGCCUCAUCGGAGACGAAAGCCAUAAGACCGACACCGACGGAAAGCUCGGCAUGACAAGGGCCCGAAUAUACUCCUUCGGAGCGUCCACGCAGGGAGGUGGUGGUCACGAAGAGGACAUGCUACGCGCCACCGCCAUUGAUGCCGCGCGUCGCAGCCGUCUACCUCGCCGCUGCUCAUCAGCCGGCAGCGCUCCUCGUGAUCUGCGUCCUGCGGUGCCCGGGAGACGAGAGACAGGGGAAGAUUCCGUGCGCGACGACAAGGACGGGGGGGGUGGCUCUGCCGCGGGGGGCUACGGCGGGGUCAAGGGUCGCUAUGGGAACGCCUCCUGCCGGGCCGGUGCGGACAGCGUCCACGAAGACUCUACCGACAGCUCGGAACAUCUUGGCGUUGUUGAUAUCUCCAAGGGAGAUGAUCUGAGCUGGUUGUUGAUGUUCUUCUUGUCGCCGUUCUCUCGCCAGCUCACGACAGUCUUGAGCCACGCAGAGGUCAGCGGAUAUAUCCGUGCGACCGGUGGAAAGCAUUCAAGCUUCACCAGUGGCAGCAAGCUUAAAGGCGGCGGCGGCGGCGUCGCAUCCAUGUCAGCGAUUCGCGGUAGCCCUCUCCUGGCUGACGGCAUAGCCAACAAAGGCACCAGUCCUGCCGCGCUCUUGGACAACGGGGGGGGCAGCGGCAACGACGAGGAAGCACCAACGGUGCCCGAGACUAGCAGUUGGAGUGGCAGCAGCAGCGCCACCGAGUCAGACAGCGGCGGCAACGACGACGAUACGGAGCAGAGGGAGAGCGCCGACAGGAGCGGGAGUGACACGAGGACGGAGACGCGCGGCCGGAGCGACCGGGGAAGGGAAGUAGGCACCAGGACAGUUGCGGGGACGGCGGAGAACGAGGGUGUGAUGCCUACUGGUAGCGCACCGCCCCAGCUCGACUGCCUACGAGGAAGGUACGCUCGCGCGGACUGCAAGAGUAAGAGUGCGUACGCCAUCAAGAAGGCAGCCGCCGCUACCGCCGUUGGCGCCGCCGGCGCCUCCACGACGGCCCCGCAAACACCACACGUGUUGACUUCCGCCACACGUUGUAACAAACGGGGCCUUUUCGACCGAAGCGGGGCACGAGAUCGAGGAGGAAGGGGAGGAGGAAGGGGAGGAGGAAGGGGAGCGCGGGAUCCGGCGUCGUGGCGGGACAGGUUUGCCGCCGUGCAGCGGCGGCGGGCGGUGCUGGACGAUUUGAGGAGGACGGAAGCGACCCGGCAGGUCAAAGCUCGGGCGAAGGCCGAGGCGAGGGUCCCCAACAACGCAUCGGUGGCGGCUUCGGUAUCCGUGCGAGGGGCGAAGCGCUUCACAACACUUGACGGAGGUGCCGGCAACAACGGCAACGCCACCGAAAAGAACAAAAACAACAUGACUAUCAACAUCAACAGCAACAAGAGCGCCCCCAACCCCGCGUCAUACCGUACCGUGCAGGCUGCUGUGACGGUCCAAAGAGCAUUCCGCAGCACCCUUCAGUAUGAGGCAUGGCUGGGAGAUCAGAGCGACCGAGACUACUUGAGCCAAGUGACGCUCAGAGACGGCGACGGCAAGCGAGAUGAACCAGAACCAUCACAUCACCAAAGCUCGGCGCUGAAAAGAUCACCGUCCUCAGCCGGCGGCGCCGACUCGAUUAUCUCCCGCUUGAACACCGUGAGGAGCGACGAGUGGGCCGCCCACAGGGCCAAGAAGCUUCACGACAGGCACGUGACGAUCCGACUGAAGCGAAUGGUUCGCGGCUUCAUCUGCUGCACGCAGGCGCGUUUCCUGCUGCUGCAGCUGCUGUGGGACAGGACGGAGGGCAACAUCCUUGGCGAGCGUCGCAGCAAGCGCGCCGCUGUUGAGUCUCGCGCCGCAUCUACCGUCCAGCAGCUCUCCCACAUCCGAAAACUCGCGGUCGGGUUGAUCAAGAUUCAGAAUAGCGCGGAGGCGUUCAAGCUGGAGCAACAAGCAAGGCAGGCGAAACGGAACCCUAAGAAAACGGCGAAACCCAGCGGGGACAAGCACGGAGGCAGGCAUCAGGGGGGUGGCGGGGGGCGCGUCUUUGACACAGCCAAGCAGGCUCGUUCUGAGAAGGCGGAGUGCGAGGCCAUUCUCAGGGAGCACGGGCGGCGGGGGCGGCGAUUGGUGGACAUAGCCGUGAGAGACAGGUUCUUGCGCGACCUCCUUUACUCUCACCGCAGGCAGCACAUCAUCCGAGAUCAACGCGAGUACCUCAUGGAAACGUCCCGCCCGCCGUUGGUGGACAGCCGGGACGUCAAGCGAAUGCUCGAGUGUCCGGCGGAGGAGAUGCACAUGUUCAGCGACCCCAUGAACUACCGCACGAGGCCGCGGUACACCCGCCUAGCACUUCCUUUCCGAGAGAUCGGAGGGAUUAUCCAGGAUACCAUCGCCAGCAACGUGAGGUCGGAGUACCGAGACAAGCUCAAGGAGGCGCUCGGCCCAACGGACGCAAGGGAAAGCGGAAUCCACCAGCAGGAACCCUAUUCUUCGCCGGCCGGUGCUUUCGCCGAGGAUACCAACACCGGCUGGGUGCACAAAGACGCCACCGCUGCGGCCGCACAACAACCGCGGCAGCAGCAGCAAGCGCCGACGGCGGAGCACGCGCACAAGAACAGCAACAAGACGCGAGCAUCGGUGAAUUUCGACACCGGGGCAGCGGCAACAACCACGCCACCGCAUCAACAGCGCGCCGCCGUUGGAAUGCUAGCGGCGGGGCACAAGCCGACGCCGGCUGUCCUGGCGCCGCAGACGGCGACAGCGGUGGCCGCGGCAGCAUCACGCUCCGCCGUCCAGGGAAGGGCGUGGCGAAGUGGUCGAGACGGGGCUGCGAUGGCGGUGCCGAUGAUGACAGCAAAAGCCACCGCAGCGUGA